AUGGCGUCUGCCUUGAACGCAAAUGAGCGCCGCCCUCAAGCGGAGCAGCAAAACCAGAAGCAGUUGCUGCUGCUGCUGCUGCAGCAGCUGCAGCAAAUGCAGAAGCAGCGGCAGCAGCAGAUCAGUCCCGCAGGCAACCCUAUGCAGCCUUCCGACAUCCACCAACAGCAGCAGCAGCAGCAGCAGCAGCAGAUGCAGCAGCAGCAGAUGCAGCAGCAGCAGCAACAGCAGUUGCUGCUGCAGCAGCAGCUCCCGGUUCAGCAGCCACUGCAGCAGCAGGACAACGGGAAGCAGGUGCUGCAGCUGCUGCAGCGUCUGCUGCCUUCCCUCGAGGGCCAAGCAGCAGCAGCCAGCAGCAAAAGGGGUGCAGCAGCAUCAGGGCCCGCGGUUGCUGCUGCUGCUGUUGCUGCUCCCGAAGCUUCCCAGGCAGCAGCAGCAGCCACGACAACUGCAGCAGCAGCAGCAGCAGCAGCAGACACAGACUCUACUGCUGCAGCUCUUCGAUCAAAUGUGCACAGGCUGGUGUACGUCCUCGUUGCAAGGCUUUGCCAGCAGCAGCACGCAAAGUUCCUGCUGCAGCGCAUGCAGAACGACCCCUCGCAGCAGCAGCAGCAGCAGCAGCAGCAGCAGCAGCAGCAGCAGCAAGAAGACCUGCAGCUGCUGCAGCAGCAGGGGCAGUGGAAGGCAGCGCAAGACGCAUGCACUCUCUCUGAGAAUGAGAAAAAGCAGCAGCAGCAGCAGCAACAACAGCUGCAGCAGCAGCGAAAGAAGCAGCAGCAGCGAAAGCAGCAGCAGCAGCUGCUGCUGCUGCUGCUGUGCUUCUUCACCGCGGAAGAGCAGCUGCGCUGA